AUAAAUUCGUAGAAAAUGACAUAAACUUAAUCUAUGACAGAUUUACUCGUCUUGGAGUAGUUGGAAUAAUUUUACUAAUUUUACGUUCACUUCACAUGAGUCAUAUUGACAUUCUUUCGUCCUUCUUUACUAUCCUUCAUGCCAUUGAAUUGGUUACCACGCACUGAAAUACAAGUCGUCUUUCGUGAAUCCUCCUUGAUUAUGACUCACUCAUAGUUCCACUUCGUUUCACUGAUUCACUGUCUUUUUCUAUUCUUCUUUUCUGAAUGUUUCUAUAUCCUUUCAGACUCUGUGAACCAGACGCCGUGUCGGCGAUCAUGAGUCAAAGAAAAAAAGAACACAACACAACUCGUGUCGUCGAUCUGGGAAAGAAAAAGUGGGUGUAUCAGUAAGAAAGGAAAGAAAAAAAAUGAAAGUCAUGGUUUGAUUUAAAGAAACUUUUGUAAAAAUUAAAUACUCAUAAUUCCAAGUCUAAAAUUAUUUCUAGUAAUUUUUGUAUUUAAUUCAUGAAAUAACUGUGGAUUAAAGAAAAAAAAAUUUAUUAAAAAAUGUCAUAUCAAGUUAGGACUUUUGACCAAUUAGGAAACAUAUCAUUACUUAAAUAAGACAUACUGAUGAGAUAUAAAUAUCAAGAGGUUUUUAAGUGAUGAAGAAUACUUAAACUUUCAAAAACUAGCAAUGAAAUAUAGCUAUCGAAUCAUUGCUUAUCAGAAAACAAAACUGAUAAGAGGAAUCGUUAAAGUGAGACUUGACUGUGAAGUGUGGAGAAAAAUUUAAGUAGUUGUUUCUUUACUGUGCAUUAUUUAUGAUGUCGAUCAUGUCUUUGACAUCAUUUUCUUUUAUGUACACUUGAAUACAUAGAUUUGUUGUUAUCAUAAGCUUUAGAGAAGAGACGACAUGUAAAAACAUUGAAGACUUCAAGUGAUUGCCAUAGUGGAAAGUGAAGUGAAAAAUAAUUAUUUGAAGGACAAUUAGUGUUUUCAUUGACUGAUAACAAGUAGAUAAGUAAGAGAUAUUCUGAUCCAUUUCAAGAGCAGCAUGGCAAAUGAAGAAAGUCAUCGAAAUCAUUUAAAAGAUCAAUUAUGUUCUAGCAGAAAGACAUGUGGAAAAGAAGAAACUAGUGCUAAUACACCAGAUAAUCAUUUGAAACAGUGGCAGCUUAUUGAAGGUGAUAGAGGUCUAAAAGUAGUAGAGAAAACAGCUAAAAUGUCAUCAGAAAUAAUUGACAAGAAUUUCACAGUACCAUCAAUGCCAACCAAUACUCUUCUGAAUGAAAAUCUAGCCCGGAAAUUUAAGGCUUUUGAACGAUCUAAUAUUAUUCAAGCUGUACCAACAGAAAAAUCGAUUGAACAUGACCUAAAUAACCAUAAGAAUCCGGUCAAAUUAGAUAUCAUCUUAAAGAAUCAAAAAUCAGGUGAUGAGAGUAUAGACAUGCUAGAUCAACUAGAACGACAGGUAAAAGCCAUUGAAAUAGGUACACUGACGGCUCGAGCUAAGCUGGAAGAUAGUUCAGAACUACAACCGGAAAUUCAAAUGCGUUAUCGUGAACAUGAAGAUCUUUUAAACCACGUCACAGAUGAUGAAGCAGAAGGGGCGUUGCCGCUGCAGAGAGGUGAAGCCACACGAAAUUCAACAGGAAAUGCAUCAGGACAAAGAAUGACAGUAUUGUUAGAAAGAAGAGCAUCAGAUUCAAGACGUGGCCAAGAAGUGGACAUACCUUUGAGGAUUAAAUCAAGGGUUCAACCAAUAACGCGACCAAUUAGGCCUUUGGUGCCUAAGAAAACAGAUUCUGCGCAUGGUAACACUAGUGGACCUCUUAGACCUCUUACAGACAUCAUGCAGAAAACAAUCCAAGGCCAGAAGACAGGAGAUGGCGUGGCGGUAUCAAGUAGCGGCGGAAGUAGGCUCUCCUCGAGAAGCCGAACCUCCGAAGAACCACACAUUGGCAAAUAUAAGUUGCUUAAAACCAUUGGUAAAGGUAACUUUGCCAAAGUCAAACUUGCCAAACAUAUACCAACUGGAAAAGAAGUGGCUAUCAAAAUCAUCGAUAAAACCCAACUGAAUCCAGGCAGUCUUCAAAAGCUCUUCCGUGAAGUAAGGAUAAUGAAAAUGCUUGACCAUCCAAACAUAGUAAAAUUAUUUCAAGUAAUUGAAACGGAAAAGACGUUGUACCUGGUGAUGGAAUAUGCAAGUGGUGGAGAAGUAUUUGAUUAUUUGGUAUUACAUGGAAGAAUGAAAGAGAAAGAAGCAAGAGCAAAAUUUAGGCAAAUAGUGUCUGCUGUUCAGUACUGCCAUCAAAAGAAAAUUAUACACAGAGAUUUAAAAGCCGAAAAUUUACUCUUAGACAGUGAAAUGAAUAUCAAAAUAGCCGACUUUGGAUUCAGCAAUGAAUUUACUCCGGGUAACAAAUUAGAUACAUUUUGUGGUUCACCACCUUAUGCUGCUCCUGAAUUAUUUCAAGGUAAAAAGUACGAUGGGCCCGAAGUGGAUGUAUGGUCUUUGGGUGUAAUUUUAUAUACAUUAGUUUCUGGCUCACUGCCAUUUGAUGGGUCGACACUGAGAGAACUUAGAGAACGAGUAUUAAGAGGAAAAUAUCGGAUUCCUUUUUAUAUGUCUGUUGAUUGUGAAAACUUGUUGAAAAAAUUUUUGGUGCUUAAUCCAACCAAGCGGGCCUCAUUAGAGGUACGUGGUGAGAAGAACAUAAUGAAGGAUAAGUGGAUGAAUAUGGGUUAUGAAGAUGACGAGUUGAAGCCGUACUUAGAACCAGAACCCGAUUACAAAGACCACAAGAGGAUAGGUGAGUCUGCCAAAGCCUUAGCCAUUUUGGGAUACACUCGUAGUGAAAUAGAGGAUUCACUUGGUCAGGCCAAGUAUGACGACGUUUUUGCCACUUAUCUCCUACUUGGUCGUAAAACUACUGAUCCUGAGAGUGAUGGCUCGCGGUCAGGCAGUUCGUUGUCACUGCGUAACAUUCCACCACAAGCUGGUUCCGGUGGAGGAGGAAGCGGAGGCGGAACUGGCAGUACAGUUCAAAGUCCUUCGCAUCGAGGUGUUCACCGAAGUAUCUCUGCAAGCAAUGCUAAACCGAGCAGACGUGCUUCCGCUGGUGUGGAAACUCUCCGUGGAGUACCAAGUCCGGGCAACGCAACAAAUCACAAUCACGCACCUGCAGUAACCGGGGGAACAGUAACAGCAAGUGGUGGUAGUAAUUUUAAACGCCAAAAUACUGUUGAUGCAGCGACUAUUAAAGAAAAUAGUGCACGUGUCUCAUCGACACGAUCAUCUGCACCCAAAAAUAGUCCUGGGCAACUAGAUACUAUGACAAUGUUUAUUCUAGGCGUUGGAACGAGCCCUGGCAGUAAAGGAAGAGCAACAAGAAGCAACGCGAUAAAUACAGGAGUAGGCGGUGUUCGCCCUUUUACCUCUCCUGCAGCAGGUUCUGUUGGUCGACGUAGUACAAUUUCGUAUGACCAAGCUAAAACCUCCUCUUCGUCUACAGAGAGAACUAACGAUGUACCCAGUAUGGGAGUACCUCCUAGUAGCCGAUUGGCAACACCAACCACACCGGCAUUUCCCAGAAACGUUCCAAGCCGUAGCACAUUUCACUCUGGUCAAAACAGGGCACAGAGGAAUCACACUCAGGGACAUACUCAUACACAGGAUACAAGUGCGAUAAGUCCAUUGGUUAGACCAUCUUUUUUCUCAAAACUAUCAUCAAGAUUUUCUAAACGCGCCAUGGAUCAAUCUGUAACCCCAAAGCACCCAGUAGUGAGUGGUGCUACAAAUAAUGAGGAACAAGUUAAGCCACGUAGUUUGCGUUUUACUUGGAGUAUGGGAACUACGAGCAGUAGAGAUCCAGAUGACAUAAUAGAAGAAAUACGUAAGGUUUUAGAUGCAAACAAAUGUCAAUAUGAACAAAGGGAACGAUUUCUAUUGCUUUGUGCUCAUGGAGAUGCUGCAACAGACAGUCAAGUUCAGUGGGAAAUUGAAGUAUGCAAAUUACCACGUUUGUCUGUGAAUGGUGUACGAUUUAAACGUAUUUUGGGGACGUCAAUAGGAUUUAAAAAUAUCGCGAGUAAAAUUGCAAGUGAGCUUAAGCUGUGACUGCCGGUACCUGGCGCGUUAGCCACUCGUUUUAAUCCAUAACCCCUCAAUGAGUUGGAUCACUCAGCGAUCAAUUGUGAGGAUAAUUCGUCAUUUUACCUUGUCUGGGACACAAACUCUGAUUCAGACAUGGAAGAAGUAUUUGUUUAACAAUUCAAAUUCAUUCAAU